CAUCCAUCCAGGCCACCAUGGCCAUCGAUAGCGCCGUGGAGGCCAUCCAAUGGCUCCUCUCCGGAUAAGGAGCCCCCUCCCCCGAACCGUAGCACCCCCAGGACCUUUUCCCUUCUCCGCCUCGAGUUGCUUCUUCCUCUUCCUCGCAUGGCCGCCUCUGCCGCGGCCAUUGCCUCGCUGCCCCUGUAGCCACCGAGCUCCCCGCGCCCAGCCACCUCGUCUACGAGCUUUGCCGAUGUCCACUCCUUCGACUACGUCCACCAGUUGGAGCCAGGAGCCCCUGGAUCGCAGGGAUCGAUGUCAUCUUCAACCUCCAGCCACCGCGACAUCAUCGAUGAAUUCGUCGCCGUCGCUCCACCCCCGACCUUCCCGAGCUCGCCUACGACAUCGCGACUACGAGACCGGCGAUGCUGCUGCCCAGUUCGACUACGGAGUUGACGACCCCUCCUCCUUGCCAGAGCAACCAGACGUUGGAGCCCAGGAUCCAGACGCCACCAUCGACGUCGAGUACUACACUGGAGAAGCCUACUACUAUGUGCAGGCCGCUGGCGUCGACCAGGAGUAGUUAGGAGGAUCCCAGGCAGGAGUCCUGCGCCUCUUUCAAUCUGUAUCCCAGUUUGUGCUUGCCAUCUUAUGGCAACUUGUUUAACUUAUGUCUGUACUCAGAUAUUGUUGCUUCCGCUGACUCGUUUAUGUCAAGCACUUGUAUUCGAGCCCUCGAGGCCCCUGGCUUGUAA